GAACAGAGGCAGAAGGACGUCAUGGCGGGAGCCUAGCACAGCUUCAGCGCGGUCAUACUAGCAGCUAGAGCCGCGUAGUGAACGCGGCCCGUACGGCACUACUUCCGGGGCAGCUGGGGUUCAGUCUCUGUCCUCCGCCCUGACCCCGGAAGGUGUCACCUGUAGGUCCGGGCUGGAAUAGCGGCAUGGCCUCCUUGUGGACCCGUGUGGGGGCAGCUGCGCUUAGCAGAGCCGUACAUAGCAGAUGCCGCCUAGCCAUGUGCCUUCCACCUACUGUUCAGAGGGUUUCAGAAAUGGCUGGAACAGAUGGCAAUGUCAGUACUGCAUCCAGAGAUAGAAGAACUUGCUGUGUAAGGCGGCCAUACAGUACAUCACAAACGGUGGAUCCUGUGGAAAUGAAGAAAUUCCAGGCAUGGUCAGCAAAAUGGUGGGAUGAAGAAGGAGUAUAUUGUGCUCUCCAUGCUUUGAACGAUAUACGAGUUCCAUUCGUAAGAGACAUUCUGAUGAGUAAGAGCCAUAAGCAUGAUGUUGGGAGCCCUCUGUCUGGCAUCAAGCUGCUCGAUGUUGGUUGUGGUGGUGGACUGCUGUCUGAGCCAUUGGGUAGACUUGGUGCUGCUGUCACUGGAAUAGAUCCUUUAGAAGAUAACAUUAAGUCUGGAGAACUGCACAAAUCAUUUGAUCCUGUUCUAGAUAAACGUAUCCAGUACAAAAACUGUUCACUGGAGGAUAUUGUGGAGGACAACAUGGAAGGCUUUGAUGCAGUUGUGGCCUCCGAAGUUGUAGAACAUGUGAAUGAUGUAGAGGCUUUUAUCCAAAGUUGCUUUAAAGUACUAAAGCCAGGUGGCUCUCUUUUUAUUACGACAAUCAACAAAACAAAGCUAUCCUAUCUUUUUGGAAUAUUGCUGGCUGAGAAGGUGAUGUCUCUUGUACCAGACGGUACUCAUGACUGGGAAAAGUUCAUAUCGCCUGUAGAUCUCGAGAGACUACUUGAAUCUAAUGGAUUUGUAGUGGAUAUGUUAAGGGGCAUGCUAUACAAUCCACUGAUGGGAUCCUGGAGGUGGUUAGAUGACACCAGCAUUAACUAUGCUAUUCACGCAGUGAAGAUGGUCGCACAAGAGCAGUCCACAGACCUGGAAUUUGAGAAAGAACAUGAUCAGCCCAAGGCAGCUCAGGCAUCCAUGUAAAAGGGCAUUCUUAGUAGACAUUACAUUAAAAUGUUGCCGCGUAUCAUUUGUGUUGCUAUCAUCGUAAGAGGAUAUAAUUACGUUUGCACAGUACUAUACAGAUUACUUUGUUGUUUUCUGAAACAAGUUUGAUUUUGUGUACAGAAUUGUCCUUUUUUUUUUUUUUAUGUAAAUGAACCAGUUGCUACCUGAUCCUGGUAGGGAUGUUGUUUGCAAAUGUCCAAUAACAGGUAUGGACAUCCUGAUCAUUGGGUGAAUGAUAUUCAUUAUAUAUUAAUAAUAAAAUUAAAUCUUUAAGUAUUUAACAAAGGGGAUUAUCCAUUACAGCCGAUAUUACUCAGAGCUGUACUCUAUUAUCUGACUGUUUCUUUGACAGGGUAUUCCAGCCUUAGAUGUUUAUGGCUUUUACACGUUUGAAACCCACACCUUUCUCCAGAACAAAGGUCCCCUAAACCUGCAAAUAUAAAUUUUAUUGUAAUAGAACAUAGUAAACUGCAGGAGGCUGAGAAUGGAAUAGUUGGUCACUUUAUGUUAAAAUUAUUCAUUGUAUUUUAAUAGUAUAGUUUUGCCACCUUAUUGCUGCUACCCACUUAUUGACUUUUUGUCCCGCUGUUCCCUUAUUGUCUAGAAAUGAGAAUCCCCGCACCCUUGCCGUCCCAUUCUUCUCGGCAUUGUGAAUGCUGGUAUCAUCUGUAAGAUUGACAAGCUUGAAGGAACGUGUGACAUACACAUCCCUCAGCGGCCUCCAUAAGCCUAUACAGACACAGAGGGAGGUGCAUGGUCACUUGCUCUUUUAACUGCUUAGAGGUAUCUGUCUGCACCCCAUUACAUUUAAUGGCCUGAACAGAUUCACCUAUUGACUCUAUUCGAGCAGCUUCCUUGUAGUAAACACAAAUUUGAAGGGGCACAAUAGCAUAGCAGAUUGAGCUAUUGUGCCCAGUCAAACAAAUGAGAUACAUUACAAUAUAUGACAGUAUGCUGAAGGAUAUUUAUAAAGUACUGAAAAAACCUAGUAUGAACAGGGCCUUAAAGGGGUACUCUGCCCCUAGACAUCUUAUCCCCUA